UUGGACUAUAUUUCCAUUAAGUCCGAAGAACUCAAAUCAUUGAACAGCGAAAGCUUGAGAGAUCGAUCGAAAAUGGCGCAAGUUCCAAAUUUGGAUAAUGCUCCGAUAAAUCUGAAAUCUAUAAGAGAUCAAUCGCAGAAAGAGCUGAUUACGAUUUUGAAAAAUAUUCGAGGGAAAAAGUGUUUGGUGAUUGAUCCUAAGCUUGGUGGUUCACUCUCUCUUAUUGUACAGAGCUCACUUCUCAAGGAGCAUGGGGCUGAAUUGCGGCAUCUUAAUGCGGAACCAGUUCAAACUGAUUGCACGAAAGUAGUCUAUCUAGUCCGAGCCCAGCUUGACUUGAUGAAGUUCAUUUGUUCACACAUCCAUAAUGAUAUUUCUAAAGGGAUUCAAAGGGAGUAUUUUGUUUAUUUUGUCCCUCGUCGUGCAGUUGUAUGUGAGAAGAUUCUCGAGGAAGAAAAAAUUCAUCACUUGUUGACUAUAGGCGAGUAUCCCCUUUAUCUGAUUCCACUGGAUGAGGAUGUAUUAUCCUUUGAACUUGAUGUUGCUUACAAAGAGCACCUAGUUGAUGGUGACACUACCUCCCUGUGGCACAUAGCAAAAGCUAUCCACAAACUUGAGUUUUCCUUUGGACUUAUUCCAAAUGUGAGGGCCAAAGGGAAAGCAUCAGUUCGUGUGGCUGACAUUUUAAAUCGGAUGCAGUCGGAAGAACCAGUGAACACAUCUGAGAUGGGUGUGCCUGAAAUAAAUACUAUCAUACUUUUGGACAGAGAGGUGGAUAUGAUCACUCCAAUGUGUUCACAGUUAACAUAUGAAGGGCUGUUGGAUGAGUUUCUUGGUAUCAAUAAUGGUGCUGUGGAACUAGAUUCAUCUAUUAUGGGUGUCCAGCAAGAAGGCAAGAAAAUAAAGGUUCCCCUUAAUUCAAGUGACAAAUUGUUCAAAGAGAUACGGGAUCAGAACUUUGAAGUUGUUGUCCAGGUUCUACGUCAAAAAGCAACUUCCAUGAAGCAAGAUUACACAGAAAUGCAGACCACGAACCAAACAGUUUCCGAAUUGAAGGAUUUUGUCAAAAAGCUUAACUCAUUGCCAGAAAUGACAAGACACAUAAAUCUUGGUCAACAUUUAACUACGUUUACAUCCAAACCUUCAUUCCUUGCCCGACUUGAUAUGGAGCAAACUCUUGUCGAGGCUGAAAGCUAUGAUAUAUGCUUUGAGUACAUUGAGGAGAUGAUCCAUAAGCAGGAACCACUUAUUAAUGUUCUACGUCUUCUCAUCUUGUUCUCAAUAACAAAUUCAGGGUUGCCCAAGAAGAAUUUUGACUACUUGAGACGAGAACUGCUUCACAGCUAUGGUUUUGAGCAUAUAGCAACCUUGAAUAAUUUGGAGAAGUCUGGAUUACUUAAAAAACAGGAGACUAAAAGCAACUGGAUAACAAUUAAACGUGCUCUGCGGCUUGUAGUAGAGGAUACUGAUACUGCUAAUCCCAACGAUAUCUCCUAUGUCUUCUCUGGGUAUGCACCUCUCAGUAUUCGCCUGGUUCAACAUGCAAUUCGAUCUGGGUGGCGACCUAUUGAAGAAAUAUUGAAGUUGCUGCCGGGUCCACACUCAGAUAUUAAGAGGGGUGGAUUUUCCAGUAGUCCGUCACUGGACUCAUUAAACGGGUCUUUGCAUAACUCAGACAAAGUUGUUGAUGGAAGGCGUUCUUUGGUUCUUGUCGUUUUCAUUGGUGGAGUGACAUCUGCAGAGAUCUCUGCUCUUCGCUUCCUGAGCGCCCAGGAAGGGAUGGCAUAUGACAUAAUUGUAGCAACUACAAAAAUUGUCAAUGGAAGCACAUUGACAGAAACAUUUGUGGAGAAAUUGGGAUGAUUUGCUAAAGACAUGUUUGGUCGAUUGUCACUGGGAAUCUCAGCUGCUUGCGCGAUAGGAACCCAUAGUUUUCAGUGCUGCAUUUUUAUAUACAUGUGAGAAGAUCGAGUAGACUUAUCGUUCCUAAGAUAUUCCUCUCGUGGCCAUUUGUCAACAUCAUUUCUGCACGGAUUUGUAACGAACACAACUAUGUUAUCUUUAUUAAGGUUUUGGCUAAGAACGCCCUGUGUGCUUCAAGUUGUAGCAAGAUUGAAGUGUGAUCAGUUUGUUAUCUAAAUUAUGUUUGGUUCUUUUGAGCAAUUUAAGGGAACAUGCAGUCUA